CCUGUACAUAAAAAAGCAUCUGAAGAAGUUUCAGAAAGUCACUGCUUCUCCUUCCUGCAGGACACUUACAAGGGGACUGCACCUCAGAGUGGUUGGACCAGGCAGUGACCAGUCUUUAGUGAAGCACUUAUGGACAACCUCAAGCUACGCGGAAGCCCAGUGCAUCAACAGCCCAUGGACAAAAAGAAAACAGCAUUCAAACAACCUUUUGAAAACAACAAAAAUCUAAACAAAGAGGGGUUUGUGUUUUCUUUUGUGAAACAGCUUCCAGAAGCUGCUAAUGUGCCUCUCCCACCAGAGCCAGAAGAUGCUCCUGUGAUGUCAGAGAACAUGUUUGAGAAAAGGCCUAACUGUGAACAGAAGGACUUUGAGAAAGAGCUUUUCAGAGAAGAGGACAAGGAUGCAGAACACACUUUGUACAACCAAUAUGAGGAAAAGAUCCGACCCUGCAUUGAUCUUGUUGACAGCCUGAGAGCUCUUGGAAUAGAGAAGGACCUGUCCUUGCCUGCAAUUGCAGUGAUUGGAGACCAGAGCUCUGGGAAAAGCUCUGUGCUUGAAGCCCUGUCUGGUGUUGCUCUCCCCAGGGGCAACGGUAUUGUCACUCGGUGUCCCUUGGAACUCAAACUCAAGAGGUUGCCUCAAGGCCAGGCAUGGCAAGGGAAGAUCUCCUACCGGAAUGUAAUCCAGGACCUCCAGUACCCCUCUGAGGUGGACGGAGCAAUACUGCAUGCCCAGGAUGUUGUGGCCGGUCGGGGAGGUGCCAUUAGCGGGGAGUUAAUUUCCCUGGAAGUUCGGUCCCCUGAUGUCCCAGACCUGACACUAAUUGAUCUUCCUGGAAUUGCCAGGGUGGCCGUGGGGGACCAGCCAAAAGACAUCGGGGACCAGAUCAAAAGGCUACUUAGAAAGAUGAUUGGCUGCAAAGAGACAGUGAAUUUGGUAGUGGUGCCGUGUAACGUGGAUAUUGCAACAACAGAAGCACUGAAAAUGGCUCAGGAGGUGGACCCCACUGGAGAAAGGACAAUAGGAAUCCUCACAAAACCUGACCUUGUGGACAGGGGGACUGAAGAGGCUGUAGUUAAAAUACUGCAAAACAGGGUAAUCCCCCUCAAAAAAGGCUACAUGAUCGUCAAGUGCCGUGGGCAGCAGGACAUCCUCAACAAAGUGACCUUGGCUGCUGCCAUCCAACAGGAGAGAGCCUUCUUUGAGAACCACAAACAAUACAGGGCUAUUAUGAAAGAAGGAAAGGCUACUAUCCCCCAUCUGGCAGAGAAGCUCACAAAUGAACUUGUGAAACACAUUAUUAAAACUCUGCCUGCCCUGGAGAGCCAAAUUCGUGGCACUCUCCAUGAAACAUUACAGGAUCUGCAAAGGUACAAUAGAGGCACACCCCAAACAGAGUCUGAGAAGCUGUUUUUCCUCACAGAUCUGAUCAAACUCUUCAACCGAGACAUCUCUCAGAGCACACGGGGCGAGGAGCAGCUGUUUGGAGAUGAAGUCAGGCUCUUCACCAAGAUCCGCAAGGAAUUCUGCUCGUGGGGCGUGCUUCUCAUGGAGUGUGCUGCCAGGGCUAAAAAAAACGUCCCCAGUAGAGUGUGGAAAUACGAAGACCAGUACCGUGGGAGGGAGUUCCCAGGCUUCAGCAACUACAGGACUUUUGAGGACAUUAUAAAGGAGCAGAUCAGAGAACUGGAGGAGCCAGCAAUUCAGAUCCUGAACAAAGUGAUGGAACUGGUUGAAGAGAAAUUUGUGGAACUUGCUAAAAGGAAUUUUGCUAAUUUUCACAAUCUAAACAGAGUUGCCAAGGUGAAAAUUGAAGACAUUAGAGAGAAACAAGCAGCAGAGGCUCAAAGACAUAUCCGGGCACAGUUUAAAAUGGAGAGAAUUGUGUACUGCCAGGAUAACCUUUACCUUGAAGAUUUAAAUACUUUUAAGGCAGAAAACGCUGCCAAGAAAGAUCUGCAUUUGCCUGUUGUCGCCGAGAUGGUUUCUCACACCAGUGCCUAUUUCUCUGGAGCGAGUAAACGCCUCUCCAAUCAGAUACCUCUGAUCAUCCUGUCUUGUGUCCUCCAUGACUUUGGAGAAAACGUGCAGACCUCUAUGCUGCAACUUUUACAAGAUAAGGAGAAGCUAAACUUUCUCCUUGAGGAGGACACUGAAGCUGCUAAAACCAGGCUUUACCUCAGCCAAAGAGUUGGUCGUCUCACCAAAGCCUGCCAGUACCUGAGAGACUUCAGCUUGUUGUAAUUUCUUUGUUUUUCGUAAGUUUUUUUUUCUCCUCAUCUUCUAGCAUUACUGAAGAAUUUCAUAUAAUCCUAUAAACAUGUAAUGUUAGCACAGACCUUUAAUACUAAUUUCUAGUGUUUUCUUUAAUUUUCCAUAAUCAGUUAUAUGCUAACAGCUGCCUUUGCAUAAAGAGCUCCACUGGGGGAGUUGUGAUUAAAUAAACAUUAUCUCAUUUUUAAACAUUUUCUUUAUGAACUCUGUGCAACCACUGGAAUAAUCAUUAAAAAGCUAACACUCUGUUUUGUUGGUUUGCUUUUUUUUCUUUUUAACAAUGGAAGCUGUAUAACUCACAAACUAUAGAAAUCAAAUUAUCUAACUUUCCUCAGCAAACCUUAGUGCACGACACUCAUGACCUCCCACUUCCCUUUGUGCUUUUGGCUUGCUGGAGUUGUUCUCUUUCCUGCUGUCACCUAAAAGACACCUCUGGAAAGUGUCACCACUAAGUCUCAGCCCAGGAGGGGAGAGAGGGAGCACACAGCAGGCAUGAAACCAUUCCAGCCUAGGAGGGAAAGAAAGUUUUUUUCUUUUAUGUGACUGGUGCAUCCAGAGGAUGCCAUGGGCUCUGUUCAGUCUCCUUUCCCAGCUGUCUGAUUUGCAGAAGUCCAGGAGGCUCUUUCCUCUCAGAUUUCUGCAGCAUCACCUGAAAUUUUGGGACUGAUGGGCAACUCACUAGAGGGCAGGAUUUGGAUGUCCAAAAGGAAAGAAAACCUCCCAGGCUGUUAAACAUUACAAGGAUGUCUCAGCAUGUGUUUUGCUGCCUUUCUCCCUUCCCUCCCCAGGACAAGGGGAAUUUUUCCAAAAGCUCUUUCAUUUUGUGGAAGCCAAUGCAAAAUACAUCACACACUGUGUCCAUGGCAUCUUUCACACUGAAAAUUUGGUUUAAUGACCAAAAGCACCACAAGUAAUGUCUGCAUCCAGCUAGAAAAAAUGUGCUUAUACCAGUGUGUGAUGUAGUCAUUUCCAAGUUUACAAGAGAAGCCUUCUCAGGCUGGGUAUGACAGAAAGCUCGUCCCCGUGGCAUGGAAGUGCAGCUGGUGCCUGGCUUUGGGUACAGCAUUCACCCCAACAUCCACGUUCCUUAACCAUGAACACUGCAGCCACUUUCCCCUUUCUUCCAGUACAAUAUUUUGCUAUUAUUGACUUGCAGUGCUGCAGGUCAGAAGCCACAGAAAAAAAAGUGCCUUAUACCUGUAACAACCUAAUUUUUUUUCCACUUUCUGCUUUGAAAGGGCUUUAAACUCGUUGGUUAUUUCACGGUAUUCCCCCCAUCCCCCAAGGUGCACUUGAUGCACAAGUGCUAUUGGAAACACCCAUCUCACACCUAGAGAGAAGAGGCAAGGACACAUUGCUCCAGGCAGCAGGAGGUGGAAUGACAAAAUAGGGUGUGACUCCCUCAAGCCACUGCCUGCAGGCUAAACUUCCUUGUUUAAUUCGAUUAAGUCAGAGUGGUUUCAUCAGACCCAGCCACCAAAGACAUUUAGCAUUCCUGGACACCCUGCUCUCCUUCCCUGGGUUUGUUCAAGGACCUGAAAUAUUGGAAUUAAAAUAAUCUCU